GCGAUGUCCUCGCUGGUGAAGGAGGAUCUGAUGAAGAAGCUGUUCGGCCCGCGGCGGCGGAGGCUGCACGAGUUCAUCGAGGUGGAGGGCGCGGGCGCCCAGCGCUACUACCUGUGCGCCGCAGUAACUAAAAGUAAAGAAGUAGAAAUAUGUAUGGUUAAACACUGGCGAGUGGACCGAGAGGAGAAAUAUGAAAUAGUUGAAAAGUUGUUUUUGAAAGAUCUGGAGAUGAUUGAUGGAAAAGAAGCGGAUACAGAUAAUCCAUAUUUUGAUAUGCAUUUCCACAAAGUCUACAAUAUGGAAGCAUAUAGUUGUGCAUCAAAAUAUACCUUUGCUCGAACACUAAACAAACUGAAUGCGAUGUACCUUAAGAAGAACUUCAAGAUUGUGAACUUUGAUGACACCUACCUAAAUGAUGAUUCAUUCUGGUCAUCCAGCAAUAGAGAUUUCUUAGUAGUUAUGAGGGUUUGCUUCUAUGCUUCCAACCUUUUAUGUCUCUCCCUCUGUCGCCUCUCCUGAAGAUGUAUUUUCUAACAUUUAAAUGACUGGCUGACUUUCACUGACCAGCAUUUCAUAAACCAUCUGAUCGAAAAGUUAGUAAGUGAUAUGCACUGUCUCCUUUUUUAUUUUACAUGUGAGCAAAAAGUGGAGCAUACUGUUUACAUAAAUAGUUUAUAGUUCAUUUACA